CUUAGGUCAGCGCGCGCAUGCGCACGCCCGCUCGCCCGCGUGACAAGCAUCGCUGUCGCGACUCGCGACGCCGAGGCGGAACGCUCACUUCUCCCCCGUGUGGUUUUUUGCUCUCCCGAUUGUUCCCGAUUGCGUCGCGUCGUGUCGCAUGGCGGCGCGUCCAUUUACGCAACAUCGCACUGUCGCGCACACCGGGCGACACAGCGUGGAGACACGACGAAGAGGAUCGGGACAACGAUGAAAAGAGCCGUUAUGCGCGCGAGAUAACUCCAGUGUAGGCCAGUGGCACGUAGAAAAACAUAAACAAUGAUUUAACGCUGUGGCACUCGUAAAUUCGUCAUCACCGCAGCUGACAAGAAGGGAAAUUUGAUGACAUUUAAUGUCGUUUGCACUUUUCUCAUAGAAGAUUCGCGUCUCUGAUUAUUUGUAUGAUGAUUUGUCGGACUGGGAUGACAGAUGUUGACAUUAAUUGAUAACGUACAUCUUACAGAUCACUUUGAUUUAAUUGUCUUAUCGCAACGUAUUGGAAGAUUAGAUGUCUGCUGCACCGUCUUUCAAUUGCAGUAUGUAUAAGUGAAUAAACAGAGCUAUGGUUGUGGUUAUUGCCAUUGAAGACAAGAAAACCAAAUAAUCUUAUUGAAUGCUGGAGUCAUUCUAAAAAGGAAAGAAGAUCAGAAUAUCGGAAAGAUAAGCUGGAGAGAUAACAUUUAUUUUACCUGAAAUAUUUAUUCUAUUUGUUUAUUCUAGAUUAUUUUAGACUUCACAAUCCUAUCAUGUGAGAGCACAUGAAGGAUAGUGUUGGUAACAGUUGUAUCAGUAAAUUGAACUCAAUGCCAGAAAAGAAUCUUGCCUUAAAACAAUAAAGGGAAAUGCGAGAUUAUAGAUGUCAGAGACAGGGGAGGAUCGUGCUGUCAGACUGUAUGCGGCUGCGGAGAUAAUGAAAAACGCCAGAGCUAAGGAAACCGAGGAGCAAGCAGCGUUGAGGAGAAUGCAGGAAGCUCAGCGGAUGGCCAGGCAUCGUGCCAAGAAAAAGCGUUGUCUGGACGAAAAUCUCGCAAGGGAAAUUUCCAAAAUCGCCGAGUUGUCCAAGAUGCCCGAUUCUGCUACAAUAGCCCAGAUGUCAGAGAUGAAUAUGAACAAGAUAUCUGCGGAAUUGAAGCAAAUGAUGGAGAGAGGAAAAGUACCUGAGCAUAUAGUUCAAAUGGCUCAACUGGCGGAGUUUAGUAAAAUGAAUUCUGAGUUUAACAAGAUGUCACAGGACAUGAUGAAGAGAUACGAAAUGGAGAAGAUGGCGGAAUACGCCAAAACUACGGAAUACAUAAAGAUGCAGGAGAUCGCCAAGAUGAACGAGAUGGCAAAGUAUUCUGAGAUGAGCGCCAAAUAUAAUGAUAUCAAUAAAAUGAAUGAGAUGAUGAAAAUGUCGCAGAUGGUCAAGAUUAGCGAGGUCCAAAGGAUGAACGAGAUAGCGAAGCUGAAUGAGAUGGUGAAAAUGACGGAGAUGGCAAAGUACAAUAAUGACAUAACGAAAUUAAACGAAAUCGCGCAGAUCAACGAGAUGGCGAAAGAGAUCGCCAAGAUGAACGAGAAGACGAAGAUGAACGAGAUGAUGAAGAUGGCGAAUAUGCAAAACGAGAUUGCCAAAAUGGAAAGACCGGAAUAUCCGGUAAAAAUGACGAACGAGAUGGUGAAGCUGAACGAGCUGGCCAAGAUGAACGAGAUAACGAUCACGAAAUUGAACGAUCCGCCGAAGAUGCCGGAGAUUCCGCCGCUGCCGCCGCCACCGCGUAUUCCCGAACCUGUGAUCACCGUGCCAAAUCCCAGGAAUCUGCAGAACGUGCAAACCGUGCAAGUGGCGCAGGCCAGCCCGUCCAGCAUGAUUAAUUACCAGGCCGUGCCUGGUCAGAACAAUUAUGGUAAGCUGUUGAUGAUCAUCGAGGAGCUCGGCAGGGACAUUCGUCUCUCGUAUGCGGGCAGCCGUAGUGCCGCCGAGAGACUGAAGAACGGCAUUCAGCAGGCCAGAGUCGCCGUACGGGACUGUCUGCACGAGACGCAGCACAACGCUGCGCAACAAUGAUCUGCCGACGUGAGCUAUAGUUAGCUAGCGACUAGAUUACUCGAUAGCCUUUUAUUAUUUCACAAAAUAUUGCUUUGUAUGAAUGCUUAAAUUUGAAUGACGUAUUGAUACAACGUGAUAGGAACUAUAUAGAUCGAGCGUUUUGUUGAAACAAAACCACUAUCUUUUUCACUUUGCGCGAUGCGCGUCCUUAACGCUGGUCGAAUCCUUGCUCGGUUUAUGAACAUACGUCAUUCGAACAGUGGCAAAUAAUUACCUAUUUUUAAGUUGCAAUUUAGUAAAUAGAACUUGAAAAUGGGUGGGAGGAUACCAGUUUGUAAGCACGCGGUACUGUAUCUGAAUAUUAAUGAGUAUUAGUUUAUAUUUUAUAAAGAGGAAAACAUAAUGAAGAAAUUGUAACAUGAUUCCGUUGAGACUGUUGCUACUGACUUUUAGUAUACGUUCCGAGUAAGAGAAUAAAAGGAAGGACGCAAGGCUUUUCAAAUAUGUACCUAAUGGAAAGUAUAAUAUAAUCUCGUGAAUAUCCAGCAAUAUAUAUAUAUAUAUAUCGUUAAAUAAAGAAAAAUUUUGUAUACAACGUGACACCUUGUGGUUUUUUCGCCAACCGUAUAAUAGAUUUAAAAUAUAUGGAACACAUGUUCUCAGAUAAUAACUCAGAUAAUAUAAUGAUGAUAUAUGAUGCCGAA